UAUAUCUUUGAGUAAUAGCCACGAUUUUGAUUAAGUAAAAAAAAGUAAAUCCCCUUUCUCCGCGUCACGGCUAAAUGCUUCAUUUGACUUGCGAAUGGUGGGCGUGGCUUACACAUUCACCUGUUCGACACCUGUAUACAUGCAGCCACUUCACGCGCUGUGCGCGAGGUACAGGAGAUUCUACCAUCCAACCGAGUGGAUUUUAUUUAUUUGUUUGAUUUGUUCGGAGACAAAUGUCAUAUAUCAGAUUCCUCCAUUUGAUUUAGUAUUUUAGCUCCGCGUUUCUACACUAUAGGUAUUAUGGUAUGGCGAAAUUUAAAGUCAGAAAAUUCAUCACCAGAAACAUGUGUAUGGCUUCACGUCUGUGUCGAUAUCAUCGCCGGUUCAUGUUCAUCUGCUCGCCGUGCUUUGUGCUUAUCCCAGUGUACAUCUAUGUGUCAUUGGCUGUGACCUAUACCAUGAAACACGGCACGUCCAUUACACAUUUGCUACCCACACGCUUCAUUGCCACUGGGCUGAGAUUGUCUAAAGAUCUGGCUCCUCUCCCAGAAAAGGUAUUUUGGAGAAACGAACUCGAUAGUGGAGCACUGUGGAACUUUAUCCAGCACAUCGAAGACCGGCGAAACAACCCAAUCCUAAAGCCAGCACUGAUUGAUUCUGUAAACCACAGCAGCACUCCUAAUGAUACGGAAAGAUCCAUUUGGAGAAGUUCUGGAUCCUGUUCUCCAGAUUAUGAGAUUCUCAAUAUAAUGCCAGAUUACGAAACGUUUUCCACCCAGAUGAAAGAUUUUGUCAUGUCUAUGCACUGUCGAGACUAUCCACUGAUCCUGGAGCCUCGAGAUGUUUGUGACCACGGGCCCCUUGCAAAGACUCCGAUGUUGCUCCUGGCCAUCAAAUCUCAAAGCGCAAACUUUGAGAACCGGGAGGCGAUUAGACAGACUUGGGGGCGAUCGGGAAGGGUGAAGGGAUGGGAGAAGGAAGGGGGGCGUGUUCGCAGGGUUUUCCUUUUGGGGACGUCCAAUGACUCGCAAUCUGAAAAUAAAUUAAAACUUGAGAGUAAGAUAUUCGGUGACAUCAUCCAAUGGGAUUUCACAGACACUUUCUUUAAUCUCACUCUAAAGGAUGUGUUGUUCUGGGAGUGGUUCUCAGGCCGCUGUCCACAUGCCCGUUUCAUAUUUAAGGGUGAUGAUGAUGUGUUUGUCAGGACGCCGGCUAUCCUGGACUAUCUGCAGGGCGAGGAGGAGAAGACUGGAACGACUACGAAAAGAUCUACACAAUCAAACAUGAAGCAGUUUGUUGUAGGUGAUGUGAUAAGAAACGCAGCGCCUUUGCGGAUGAAGGAAACAAAGUAUUAUGUCCCAAAAAGCUUCUACAAAGGGCUGUACCCAACAUAUCCAGGUGGAGGAGGCGUGGUGUAUUCCGGUUCCCUGGCCCAUAAACUCUUUGAGGUGUCACAGAGGGUUCAUCUCUUUCCCAUUGAUGAUGUCUAUCUGGGCAUGUGCCUGCAGAGACUGGGCGUCCCACCUAUUAACCAUCCUGCCUUCCUCACAUUUGGCUUUCCAGAAGAUGAACCUAAAGAUCCCUGUGCAAACCACACCAUCCUCCUGGUCCACAAGUGCAGCCCAACUGACAUGUUCCAGCUCUGGACGGAAACAUCAACACCCAGCCCUGAAUGCAGAAACACAACGCUGAGAGUCAAACCUAGAGUCCCUUAAGGCUGUUCUUAAAUCGGCUCUAACACACUCAGUUUCUGCCAAUCUCAUAAUAAUCAUGAGUACCCAUAUAGUAGUAUUUCAAACGUUGUAUCUUCGAAGAGUAUUAAGUUUGAUCAUAUUUACAAAAGAUAGAUACAG